CAUUGUACGCUAUCUGUGGACGCCAUUUUUCGUUGUCGUUUUCGGCUCGCUAAUUUUUAAUUCGCCAACAUAAUAUCGAUAGAAUUAGGUUCUAGAUUGUAGAGUUUAGAAAGAUUUAUGUUAAAUAGAUCGCUUCAAUUUUUUUACAAGUGGCGUAAUUAGUUUAUUGCUCGGAAAUGAAUCCUUGUUCUGUACCUGCUCCUCAACAAGACGCCGACGGCGAUGGAAGGUGGAAUAGCAUCCAUAACAGAUUCUUGUCUGAUGCUAAAGGCAAAGAUGGCGAUGUUAUUUUCAUAGGAGACUCCAUAUUACAAGCAUUGGAACAUACUGAUGUAUGGAACCAAUGGUUUGCUCCUCUUCACUGCCUUAAUUUUAGCAUCCACAAUGAUCAGACUCAGAAUGUUUUGUGGCGUAUAAAAAAUGGAGAGCUGGACCAUGUGGACCCUAAAGUGAUUGUUGUGCAUGUGGGCACUAACAACAUAGAAAAUACACCGGAACAAGUGUGUGAAGGCAUCUUAGAAAUCAUCAGAUUAAUUAGGGAAAAACACCCAAGUGCUUAUAUAGUUUUACCUAGCUUACUGCCACGGGGCCAGCAUCCCAACAAGUUGAGAGAACGGAAUGCAAAGAUCAAUGCUUUUUUACGGGAAAAAGUCACUAACAUGAAUAGAGUAGAAAUGGUUCCUAUAGAUAAAGGAUUAAUUCAAAAUGAUGGCACCAUCAGCCACCAUGACAUGCACGACUAUCUCAUACCUACUAAUGCUGCUUGUCGCAAGGCUUUUGAGCCAAUACAUGAUCUGCUCCAACAAAUAUUGUUCGAAGGAGAGCCAGAAAAGGACUUGACCCCCUCUGAGUAAUUAGUGUCAUUGUAACACGUAUGUAUAAAUAUUGGUAGCUUUGCAGUGGAUAAGUUCACUACAUUCAAGCGGUAGUACUUACAAGAUAGCUUUUUGUUUAUCCUAGACUUGAUAUUGAAGUGUCUAGUGACAAAAUUAUUCGCUUUUUUAACUUUUUACAUUCCAGUUAGAUAAGCUUUAUAAUUUCCUAAUUGGCUGUGUUUGUAUAGCAAUUUUUUUAUUUAUAAUAGUAAAGUAAACCUCAUGACAUUCCAUGAUUUUUAAUAAAGGGGUAAAAUUUCUAUUAUAUUUAAGUACAAUGGUGGAUGUUUAAAAGAAAUAAAUACUUGAAUGGAAUAUACAUUUGUGAUAAUCAGAUUUUGCUAAAGUUUUUUAAAAUUUAUUACUGUAAUUAAAUGACAUAAAUGCUACAAUCUGUUAAGCAAAUUAAUAUCCCUAUGAAGAAGUUUUUUACAUAUUUAUAUUCACCACUGGCCAUUUAUAUUUACCUUUGUUAGACUAUGGACAUUAGAUUGUCAUGUACAAGGUUGUCAUGCAUAUUUAGGCAUAAGUGGCUUGUAAGUACUGUACAGGGUUUAGUACUUAUAUUUGUUUGCUCAUACUAGUAAGUUUGCCUUAGCAGAUUUAUUCAUUUAAUGAACUCACCAUGUUAAGCAUAUUAUUGGCAGCAGAUUAUGUUAUAGUUUGAGUAGGAUAAUUAUUUAUUUUAGGUCUUAAACUUGAGAAUUUGUAGAUGUUUUGGCAAUAGCUAGUGUGAUUCCUCGAUUAGGUCAUGUUAUAUAACUUAUAUUUAUAAUUAUCUCCAUGGAAUUGAUUAAGCCAAAGACUUCCAACCUUUUCUCUACCAAAGUUAUAUUACCAUCUUUCAUAAAAACGGAUUUAUAAACAAGUGUUGACUGAUAUUAUAUACUUUUGAAACAUAGUAUCUUCAACAUACCUGUAAGUAUUUUCUACAUCACCUGUAAGUUUCACAUAAAUGCAUGUUGAAGUAGGUUAUAAGUCAACAUAUACUUAUGAACAAUUACCUAUGCAAUAUUUUUAUGAAUUUGAAGUUGUGAAUAACUCACCUUUAAUUAUAGUAUGUAACUUAUUGCUAGUGUUAUUUGAUUUGUAGCUACAUAUUUUAUAAGGUACUUUUAGGUACUCGGGUUGCCAAACAUGUUGCUUGAAUCUCUGAACUGUUGUAAGUAUUUAUUUGCAUGAUAAAAGAAGCUUAAGCGUAAACAGUGCAAUUAUUUCUAUAAAAUUUUCUUAUAAAAAUGUC